AUGGUUGGCUGUGAUGGAGGGAAAAGGUGUAUCGUUAUGGCGAUGAAGAUAAUGAUAAUAAGGGUGGUUGAUGGUGUUGUGGGGGUGAAGAAGGCGAUGCAACCCCCCCCCCCCCUUCCUAUUCCAUUUCACUCAGCAACCCAACCACCAUCACCACCACCCUCUAAAACCCCUUUCCCGUUCAUAUUCUCCCCUAUUCUUUUCCCUCCAAAUGGACCGCCACCACCACUCCCACCAUUCUCCUCAAUGUCCACCACCCUCCCUUACCCACCACCGCCGCCGCAGCAGCAGCAACAACUUUCGAGCGUCACUCAUUACUACAUAACCAACCUUGGUCUUGGCUACGCAAUCGCCAUCGCUUUCGGAUUCCUGGUCCUCUUCUCCUCCCUUCUUCUAGCUUCAUAUAUCUGCUUCCGUCACCGUCAUACUCACCGCAACCAAAUUCGAAACCCUAACGGCGGUGGUUCCGAUAACGGCGUCUUCGUCCCCAGCAUAAUUUUCGUCGACGAAGAAAACAACGAAGAUCUGAACGUUGUUGUUGGACUGGAUCAGUCUGUUAUCAACUCGUACCCUAAGUUUCCAUUCUCGAAAGAGAUUCCGAAGGGAAUCGAAACUCUUUGCGCGAUUUGUUUGUGCGAGUAUAGAGAGGCGGAGAUGAUGCGGAUGUUGCCUGAUUGUAAGCAUUGUUUUCACUUGACUUGCGUCGACGCUUGGUUGAAACUGAACGCGAGUUGUCCUGUUUGUCGGAGCUCGCCACUUCCGACGCCGUUAUCUACUCCGUUGGCGGAGGUUGUUCCUCUCUCACACUACUCCGACGGUCGUCGCCGGAGGUGA